AUGCCAUCUCUUUCACCCUAUGUGACACCUCUUUCUCCCUACGUACUAUCUCUUUCUCCCUAUGUGACACCUCUUUCUACCUACAUGCCAUCGCUUUCACCCUUUGUGACACCUCUUCCAGGAAUCAUUUGUUAUAACUCUGGCUUGAAUUUUGAAAUUUCUGACACUGGGCUUUUAGUGUCAAAAGAACCAGACGAGAUAAAACUAAGAUAUUUAGGACCAUCGGAACCAAAUCAAACUUUUUGGGAGCGUCAAAUUGUUGCCGAUGAAAAAAGAAUGAAAAUGCUAAAACAGGACUUGAGGGUUUUAAACAAAUGGUUAGACGAGAUGUCAGAGCCUUCUUACAAGAUAUUAAGGUUUGCACCAUCCACUUUAUUUGAACAGAAGAAAUUACGAGAAAAGCACUACAAAGAGAGAACAAGAAGAAGACUUGAAAAGAUGUCCGAGGCUCGACGUCGGUUCAUCAAUGCAUACCAUAAGAAUUAUGAAAAAAGUCUCAGUUCAAUAUUAUGCCCUAGCUCACAGAAAUAUUUGAAUAAAACUCUUCUCACUACUAAUAAUGAAUCACCUGGUAAAAAUACAGCCUCAUCAUACUAUACAGCUGCCUCUGAUUUUAGUCAAAUAGAAAGUGACAUUCAGACGGAGGGUUCGGAUUUCGAAAACAAUCACGGCAAUAAGGAUUAUUUUCAUCAAGAUGCUUCACACAUCAAGAAGGACAAUGAGGAUUCUUUUUACCAAAGCCCUUCAUCUCAAAAGAAUCUCAACAAUGAUGAUUCACCAGAACAAGCAAAUGAUUAGACAAAUAAGCCUUCAGUUUCAUAAAGUUUCUGAAGAAGAAAAUGAUACUUUAGUUAGAGAGAAGCAGCUUUAAUUGGAUCUAUUAAACGGAAAUAAGAGUUACCACAGA